UUAUUUGUCCUUUCAGUUUCUAUGCCUCUCUCUCUUUUCGAUCUGUUCUCGCUUCUUAGCUUCUUCACUUAUACUCAGUCUAGUUUCUUUCGCAUCACAACAGGUUAAUGUUUUUACUUACAUCCUAUGUUUGACUCACAAUUAUCGUCCACAUAGAGCUUGCCAACAAGGAAGAAGAUAUCUGCUCGCGUCUCCUGGUUACUCCGCAUCUCAGUCCUCUAAUUCAUGUCUGUCAGCGUACAACAUAGAGUAUGAGUAUCUACUUUCAUCAUGCAGAAAGCAUUGCAGCUGUUCUAUCUAUUACUCCUGUCACCGAAAAUACACUCUUCACAGCAGUGUCCCCUCUUGAAAUUUCUCAACUUUAACACAGACACCCUUUCUGUUCCGGAAAGCAGUUUGGUCAAUCUAACUUUCUGGCUGAACGACUCAGGAUGUAAAAAGUCUGAUGUAGUCUAUAGAGUUGAGGUACAAACCAAACUGAACGUGGGCAGCUGGGAAUAUGAUGGAAGAAUAUUUCAGACAAACCAUUGUACCGAAAUAACAAGCACGUCUGUUGGUUGCCUCAGUGCAGCAGGUCCAGCAAGACUUUACAAGGUACUAAACCGAUCACACGAUGAAAUCGAGUGGACCUGGACAUGGAAAGACUCUGAUGACAUCAAAACCAUGAAAAAGGGACUAAAACUUUAUGUUUUAUAUCCACCCAGAGUCGAAAGCCUGACUGUAAAUGGACAUGAGGCAAAUGGUACUUACCUGUUGAAUGAUGGACAAAAGGUCAACGUUUUCUGCUCGUUUGAGAAAGGGAACCCAGCAUCACGUUUUCACUUGCUGAAUAAAAGUGGAGCUGAAAUGGCCACUCCUUCUACAGACAAAUACAUCAACCAGUCACUUACAGUACAUUGUGAGGAUGACUGGCCAAGAAUCAGUUGUGAAGGGGAGAGGUCAAAACAAAAUCGGUCUGUGUCUUUUCUUGUCAAGUGUCCUCCUCAGUUUGUUAACAGCACUGUGAAAAUUGACAAUUCUUCGUAUGAGCAAACUAUAACACUACACGUAAAGUCUUACUCUUCAGCCACAGGUAAAUGUGUCUUGACAUCAUUGUCUUCACUCAAGAACACUGAAAGACAGGUGAGCUGUGACAUAAGAGGUGAGCCGCCUGAUCUUGUCUUAAGCUUUUACCUUGGCAACGAGAACAGCAGCAUCAAAGAGUGGAUACUAACCUAUCAAAAUGAAGUGGGUUCUGCCAACAUAACAAUAAUCCUUAAUAAAUACUUAGAAGAUGGCACAGAAAAAGACCCGUUGUUUACAGACAAGAAUGGCAAGAUGGGUCCAUUAAUUUUUACCUUCUCCGUUUUGCUGAUUGUUAUUAUCAUCGCUUUAGUCAUUGUUGCUGCUCUUGUGGUAAGGAAAAAGAGAAAGGAAAAUCAGGGCAAUUCAGCAAGCCUUGAAGAAAGAAGUGCUGAUUUAAGAGGCAGCUUUACAGAAGACAUUUCAACUGACAGUCAUCUACAUAAUCACACCUACGUGUCAGCCUCAGCUGUUCGUAACCAAAAGAAAGGGCGAAGUAAAGGUGAAUCUUCUUCAGGACCAGUUGAAGAAACUUAUACUUCUGCGACCGAAGUUCGAGCGAAAAAACGUCUAGAAAAGCUUGAUGAUGUCGAUUGCGAUGCUGACGAUGCUGACGAUGGUGAUGUCUCCGCCUCAGCAGAAAUAAUGGUGGCAGCGCCCACUUCUGGGGUGAAGAAUUCAGAUGGAUUAGUAUAUGGAGACCUAGACUUCUCGAACAAAACAACGUUUAAUAACGUCGCUAAUGAGUCUGUGUCAGAAACAGAGUACGCCGCCAUCAACUUCACCGCCAUGGUCCCCCCACCACGUAAUUACAGACAGAAGAUAGAUAAAAAGGACAAAAGAGAUUAUCGAAACUGAAAUUGGAAAUCAGUAAGUUAACUACAUUGAUCCUACAGGUUUAGAAAAUGUUGUUAAAGCUUCUAUAAGGCAGUGUUAAGAAAGAGUAAUGCAAACUUGAAAAGGGAUUUAAUUAACAAAAAAGUACUUUCACUGUGCUUAAAAAGUUUAAGUAUUUAUGUAGAAAAAUAUACCAUCCCUUGUUAACCAAAUUAUUUGUCUUUAACUUAUAAACAACUCUCUUUAACAGAUCCUUCUCGUUUAGUCUCUGUCACAUAAAAUUGUCUUUCCUUUUAGGACUAGAUGGCCCUAGGUAUGGAGCUUGUCUAUUUGUGGGUUGAAGUAUCCGUGUGCCUUUGUUCAGAAGUUCUCAGAUGUGUGCGCCAUGAAUUCUUGUAGCAUAUUGUGAAAUGUAUGUUUUUUUAUACAUAUGUGUACAUUUAUUCUUAUGAUUAUGAAGAAAAUUGUUUAAUUUUAGCUUCUUUAUAAGCAGAUUAAUUUCUGGCUUUUUUUCGUGAAUUUUCUCUCAGAAAACAUUCUACUGCCUCUAUGGUUAUACUUAGAUCACUUGUGAUUCACAAGGGAAGCUAGCUGUAUAAAAUCAGUCUUCAUAUUAAAGAGAUUGUAUAAUAUUGUAAAUAUUAGUGACUACUGAGUAAACCUCAAACUACACAAACAAUUCUUAAAGACCUAUUUGGCGUUAGGGAAUAAAAUGUUACUCUUUUAGAUUAGUUAAUUAUGCAUCGAUUGCAAUAUACAAAUAGUGUUAAAUAAGAUAAUUGAAGGGAUUCCAAGGAAAAAUAAUCGCGAUUUCUUAGAAAGUUGGCGUAAUGUUUAACAGCAGACAUUAUUGAAAAGAAAGGGAACGGUAUUGACUCAUCUCUAACCUCUCCCCACAAGGAUGAAUUAGAAAAUUUGGUUUUUCCCUUCCCUGCUGCUAAAUAAAGAAACAUUCCAAACUGCUUGUCCAUAGAACGGUUCAGUGAAGUAAACUUCGUUAUCUUAAUUAAUUCUUCAGCUUGUUGGGCUUAAAGGAAGGAUCGGAGAUAGGACUAGAGGAUAUCAAUAAGACCAGUAUUACCACUGCUGUCUUUGUACAUACUGUACUAUCAAACUGUUAGUAAUCGUCUGCGGCUUAUCUUUACUUAUGUAAAUUAUUGCUAUCCCUGAUUUUAUGGUGGAUUAAUUGUAUAUGCCUGAUCACUGUUGAAAUUACUGUAACUAUGUUAACUUUGCUUGUGUUUAAGAUGGGGAAAGAGCAGAAUUUCAGACGAAACUCUUAAAUGUACAUAACAGAAAGUUAAUAGAACUUUAUAUAAAUGUCAAGAUCUUAGCCGCUUUUGUUAGCUCCACACAUCCACACUUUAACUUCAUCCUGGCUUAUAGGUUUACGCCCUUUACUUACUGUGAUAUGAAAGUAAAGGAGGAAGGACAACAUUACUCACGUAGGUUCAUAAUUCUGUGAAGCACUUUAUAUCGAGGACAGUCGUACCAAAGGAAAUAAGAUGCUCAUUUAAUUUGUACAAGGCAUGUUAUUUCUACUUUUGCGUGAAACCUGUUGCAAUUUCUGUAAAAUGGGUUUAAAGAGUGUUGGGUCUGAAUAAAGCAAUGUUUGUUACAAAA